AUGAAGUUCUUCUCCUGCCUCAUGGCUCUUCUCCUUUUCCUCCUCCUGGCUGUUCCAGGUCUCAGCUUGCCCAAAGACACCUUACGUUGUGUUGGAUACCAUGGUUUCUGCUUCCAUUCAAAAUCCUGCCCAGAGCCAUUUGCCGCGUUUGGAACUUGCUUUCGGCGUCAGAAAACCUGCUGCAUAGACACGACAUCAAACUUCCAUACUUGUCAAGACGAGGGGGGUCAUUGUGUACCUCCAGAAAUCAAAUGUCUGCAAGAACAAGUGGGACUUUGCCCUCACAGAGAAUGGAAGUGCUGCACAGAAGUGUAA